AUGAUGCCGAUUUAAGGAGGCUACUCUUUUAAAGAUAGCGGCUUAAUGAGUCCAGCUGUUAACAGAUAAACCUAAAAUAGGGGCUCCCUUACAGUUGAAAAACCAGAGAGGACAAAAUCUUUGACAGGUAGCUUAAUUGAACCAUAGAGUAAGGCUAGAAUAAAAAAUCUACUCAAAGAUGACAAAAAAGAUUAGUUUAAUAAGCUUUUCUCUGAGGGAAUGGAGGAUUAUUCUCUUUCAAGUUAGGAAUAGAUUCUAAACAGACCAUUAGAAAUCGUAGUUGAAGGGAGAAAAUAGGCAUUUGUGUAAAACGAUCACAUAUUUCACAUUUCCCAUUCUUAAUUAAGCACAGAAAUCAGCGUUCACAAGAAAGCUAAAACUAAGAUUAUUCCAUUACUAAACAUCCCCUGCUUCUGUUGCCAACAACUGUUGACCAAGAGUACAAAAUAAGAUGAUGAAAAUGGCUAGAUCUAAAAGGGCAAAAUUUGCAAGAUUUGCGAGACAAAAUUCCACAUUAAAAAUAAAUUGGUAGAGAUAAUUGGUAAAAUUGAAAAGAAAGAUGCGUUUUCUGACAAAGUUAAAAACUAGAUGAUAGAGUAAUAGACGUAACUUAAAAACAAUCAAUUUGAGAUGGAUCAAUUAAGGAUACUUCAGAAUGACAGGGAACAGCAGUAUUUAUCUUAGGCCGACUAGAUAAAUUACAAAAUAAACGAUUAGAAAUCUUAGCUUGACAGACAAGAAAGAGAAAACAAAAGACUGAUUGCCAAGAUCAACUAGAAAAAAGAGGAAUAUGAAUAGAAAUAACAAAAGGUUAAAAUCUUGAAUGAGUAAAAUGAUAAAUUGACUGUUCAAUUAGAAUAAACAGAAAAAGAUUACUAAGAGCGACUUAAGGACAAAGAUUUGCUAGCAAAAUACUUAAGAUCAGUUAAUCCUUCUACUAUAUAGCCUAUUUAGAGAAGCUUCAAUAAUAAAAAAAAGGGUGUGAAGUAAAGUAAUGCUCAUAGACCAAGUACUUCCUCAGAUAUCUUAGGGUUUGGGUUUGAUGAAAAUAAUGAGGAAUUGGAUUCCUUUGCCCAUAUGAGGAACAAUCAAAUAUCUACAAGAAAUUCUGGUAUAAUUACUCCAAACAUUAAGGGAUUAAAUAAAAAGGCCAAGAAUAAAAUAGGGGACUAGAAAAGUUGCUGUGAAAGUUCGUGCAUUUUAUUUUGA